AACAUAGAAGCAUUAACAUCGACACACUAACACCACAGCCCUCCCCCUCUUUCACUCUCUGUCUUACUUUCUUCUCUCUCACUCUCUGUCUCUGUCUCUCCUGUUAAUCCAAUAUGGCGAGUGAGGUUGAAACACUCGACAGCCUUCUCAACAAGGCCACAAAUCCGGCCAACCGCGAAGAAGACUGGGAUCAUAUGAUGAUGUUCUGCGACCGGGUCAACAAGGACAUCGAGGGCCCGAUGAUCUCAGUACGACUCCUGGCCCACAAGCUGCAAUCACCGCAGGAACGAGAAGCUCUCUUUGCCUUGCUGACCCUGGAGACCUGUGUGAAGAACUGUGGAAGCCGGUUCCAGUCAGAAAUUGGAAAAUUUAGAUUUUUAAAUGAAAUUAUCAAAGUUGUUUCCCCUAAGUAUUUAGGGACCCGGACCUCGGAAAACGUGAAGAAGCGUUGUAUUGAGUUGAUGUACAGCUGGACACGCGAUUUAAGCCACGAACCGAAGAUUGGAGAGGCGUAUGCUAUGCUGAAGACGCAGGGCAUAGUCAAAGAAGACCCUGCAUAUAUCGAUAAGAACUUAAAUGCUAACCCAGCACCACCCAGGCCAAAGAAUGCAUUAUUUGAAGACGACGAGAAAGCACGGCUGCUGUCUCGGCUACUGAAGAGUAAAAAUCCUGAAGAUCUCCAAGCAGCCAACAGAUUGAUCAAAAAUAUGGUUCAGCAGGAUGCUGACAGAAUUGACAAAAUCUCGAAGCGGGUGUCCGAGCUGGAGACAAUCAACAACAACGUGAGCGUGUUGUCGGAGAUGUUGGAACACUACGGCACUGAGUCGGCGUCGCAGAGUGACCGCGACACCAUGAAGGAACUUUACGAGACCUUGGAGAAGCUGCGACCCAAUUUAUUCCGGUUGGCAAGUGAUACGGAUGAACAGGAUAACGACGGCAUUGCUGAUAUCCUGAAAGCCAACGAUGAGGUGAUGAAGGUGAUGAAUCAGUAUAAAAUGAAGGUAGAAGGUUCCAGUGAAUUUGGUACGAACCACACAUUGCUCGACCUUGGCUUUGACCAGACGACGCAGUCCCCCAAUAAGACGAAGGCCAAUUUGGCUUCAAUGACCACCCCUGUGGGGGCGUCUAUCCUCGACGAACAGCUGCUGGCUCUUGGUCUGAGUGACCCGCCAGAUAUGAAGCCUGUUGCCACUUCUACCCAACCAAGUUCAAACCUUGACAACAGCAGUUCCUCCACCAUUGACCAGUUGAGUGAUAUUUUUGGAUCAGUCAAUGUGGAACCUUCAGACAAACUCAGCAAUGUGAUAACAGCCAGCAGCACGACAGACGCCACUCCUUCACCAAUCCAUUCAGUAUUCAACAUGGGGGCCACAAACACAUCCCUGAACAGCGGCAUGGCACAGGCUCCUGUAUUCCCCAACUUCACUGCGACGUCACAGACGCCGUCCCUGGCCUCAGGGUCUUUUGUUUCCGCACCACUGAAGAACAAAGAGCCGAUCUCACUGUCCGAUGUCUUUGUGCCACUGGAGUCUGUUGAACCAGGAACUACUCCUCCGAUCAAUGCCUACGAAAAAGACGGUCUAAAGAUUGUGAUACAUUUUGCCAAGAACAAACCUCGACCGGACGUCCUGGUGCUGGUCGUAUCUGUGAUGAAUAGUGGUUCAAUUCCCAUUCGGAACUUUCUCUUCCAAGCUGCUGUCCCGAAGAUGAUGAAAGUGAAACUCCAGCCUCCGUCAGCGACAGAUUUGCCUUCCUUCAACCCAAUCUUACCACCAGCGGCCAUCACGCAGGUCAUGUUGCUAGCCAACCCUUUGAAGGUGGUCAGCAUGAAAAUUAAAAACCUUACAGGUAAAUUUUCUAAAUAUUAUAUUAAUGAUUAUAUCAGAAAUCAAGUCUCUCCAUAUGCUGGAAAUAGGCACCAAAUGAUGCUCAAACCACCUUAA